AGGAAGUAGUUGCUGCACAAACUUCCGAGAAGGAUGCUCGAAACCCUGUAAGGGAUUUCCCUUUAUUUGAUAGCCUUGUUGAUUGACGUGAAAGAGAAAAAACGCAGUAUUAAAAGGCUAGAAGCACAGCGCCAGUCAUGUCAGAGACAUACGAUUUCCUGUUUAAGUUUCUUGUGAUAGGAAAUGCAGGAACUGGAAAAUCUUGUCUGCUUCAUCAGUUUAUAGAAAAAAGAUUCAAAGAUGACUCGAAUCACACUAUUGGGGUUGAAUUUGGUUCAAAGAUAAUCAGUGUGGUCAAUAAGUUUGUCAAGCUCCAGAUCUGGGAUACAGCAGGACAGGAACGUUUCAGGUCUGUAACACGCAGCUACUACAGAGGGGCAGCAGGGGCUCUUCUUGUAUAUGAUAUCACAAGUCGAGAAACAUACAACGCUCUGACUAACUGGCUGACAGAUGCCCGGAUGUUGGCCAGCCAGAACAUAGUGAUUAUACUGUGUGGAAAUAAGAAGGAUCUGGAUGCUGACCGUGAAGUCACCUUUCUGGAGGCCUCGCGUUUCGCUCAAGAGAAUGAGCUCAUGUUUUUGGAGACCAGUGCACUAACAGGGGAGAAUGUGGAGGAAGCUUUUGUCCAGUGUGCUCGGAAAAUCCUUAACAAAAUAGAGUCAGGAGAGCUGGACCCGGAGCGGAUGGGUUCAGGAAUCCAGUACGGAGAUGCAGCGUUGCGGCAGCUGCGUUCUCCCAGACGGGCUACGGCAGAGAGCGUGCAGGAGUGUGGCUGUUAACACAGAUCCCAGACAACUGACCAACCAGGUGAAGGUUGUGUGAACACGAGGAGGACGACAUUAGUCGGGGCGUGUGAUGUACGGCUCAUCGUGGUGGAGCGUCUGUUUCCCUCACCUUACUUUUACUUCUGUUCUGACAUGCCGAGGACCCCCUUAAACUCCUGAAGGAUCCGGAAAAUGUUUACUGUCCCCCUCGGGCCCAGGCAAAGACAUCUGUGGUACCCAAAACCCUGAGGGUAGUUAAAAGAUCUGGCUCUUGCCCCUGAGAAUACUGCACUGAGCCCCGUCUUUUCCUUUUCCGUAUGUAGAUGUUGUGUAGAGAAGAGUUUAUAUUAUCACCGUGGAGCAUGUUUCAUGGUUGCAGUACUACUACAUAUUCAUAAAUGACUAUAUACAGCAUAUAUAUAUAGCUGUAUCACUGCUCUGUGGCACGCACCUGUAAUUAUUAUCAAUGAUGUGCAUCAUCUCGCUUUUAAUUAGCUUUAUUUUUUUCCAUUAUUGUUAGGAUGUUUUAGGAUAGGAUACCAGAAAGUGGUUUUUGACAUUUGUCAAGAAGUUUUUGUUCUUGUAUUGUAAUUUACUUUCAAAAUGUCAGCCAACGCCCACUUGCCUUCAUAUCACACUGUAAUAUAUUGUCAGUAUGGACAGCUUCAAUAUCAGUGUUACAUGCUCUAUAUUUAUAAAGCAUCCCUGUGCUGCAUUGCCAUUUUAGGUGUUUGUUGAAAUGAUACUGACGUAUUUAAAGUGAUUCUUUUUUCCUUUUUUGGAGAAUUUCUUUUUUUAUUAUUUUGCUUUCUAAAUCUACUUUUUCCAUGUUCUUCUAUACAUUUUAAAUGGACGUAUCUUAAAUAAGCUUGCAUCGAAAAUGAAUGCUAAAUCAUUGUGGAUCCCACUUCACAUUGCUUGUCAUUAUGUCUUUAUAUCAAUCAUUUUAUGUUUGUAAAAAUGGCAAUUUGUUAAAAUGAGGCAGAUUGCCAUGUCUUGUUUAUCAAUGCAUUGAAUGGUAGUUCCUCGUUUUUUCAUUAAUGCUGCUUCUUCACUUUACAUGAACCUCAAAUGUGUCAGGUAAUUCUGUAGUACUGCUCUAAGAUGUGAUUCAAAACUCACCUAAUCAAAAGUAUGAUUUAGCUGCUGAAUGUAAAAUCAGUGUUUGUAAAAUCAAUGUAGUUUGUGUAAAACUUCCAAUCCUAUUUUGCUGGACAGUAAAGUUUUCUUUAAAAAAAAAAAAAAAA